AAUGCAAGUCAACGGAGCUAAAACUCUAUUUUCUAAUCCACUUUGCCUUACGUCCUGGAUCGCACAUAUGUUGUACUUCAAUUUAAAUGACAUCCAACGAUGCGUGUUUCAAUCAUCCCAGUCACGUACUUAGAAAUGUAUCAUCUUGUAAAUGUUCGAUGUUAGCGUGACUACAAAUCCGACAUCGACAUGUUGCAUAUAUGACGCCACUACAGAAUCUCUGCCAUUUGCCCUGUUUUUCUCCGUGCCUGCUUCGUUGAUGUCACUUUCACAAAGCGCAUUUGUAGUCCUGGACUUAUUACACAAAACUUAAAAUAACGUUUCCUCCCUUUCGAAAAUAAACACGUUCUUGGUAUUAAAAUGCAUCUUCAUGGACAUCAUAUGUGAAAUCCAUGGCACACAACAAGCAGAAUUAGAAACUAGCAUUUUUAGCCCCGUUGACUUGCAUUCAUUUUUUUGGUCUUCCGGGAACCCGUGGUCCGGAAGUAGAUGGGCAUGACUUUGGCUCCCUAUGGAGCGCUGUCUGUCACCUAUGACAGAAUGUGGAAUCUUGCGUUACCAUAGUUACAGCUCAGGUGCAUCGUUUAAAAUGCUUUAUUAUUAAGGCUAGAACCUUUCAGACUUCAGUAUAAGUUCCAUCUCGAGAGAGUAGGACCUUUUCUCUGCGGUCUCUGUGUUUGCUGACUGGUCUUCCAGAGAGCAGCUCUAGCAGAACGAUGGAGGACAACAUGAACCUCCUGGAGAGUUUUGAGAGGGACAUAGGGGACUUCUCCCUUCUGGACGAGAUCCUUCAGGACUACCAGGCCUUUCCUUUUUCUCCUCCACCUUCUCCUCUUCUUGAACAUCCUCCCUCACCUCUUCUUCCUUCUAUUUCUCCUCCACCUUCUCCUCUUCUUCGACAUUCUCCCUCACCUUUCCUUCCUUCUUUUCCUCCUGCUUCACCUCCCCCUCCUCCAUCUCCUUUUUUAGCUCCUCCACUUUCUCCUACUGCUUUUCUUUACCUCCCACCCUCUCCUCCUGUUGUUUCUUCUCUGCCUUCACCUCAUACUUCCACUGUUUCUUCUCUGCCACCAUCCAUUCUUCUUCCUGGCAUUCCACCUGCUGCUCCUGUUUCUCCUCCUCAUACUCCCACUGUCUCUUCUCUGCCACCAUCCUUUCUUCUUCCUGGCAUUCUACCUGCUGCUCCUGAUUCUCCCCCUCAUACUCCCACUAAAGAGAAAGCGUGA